AUGACGCAUCAUCUCGGCGACAGCCCUCGUAUGAAGGUUGACAGGACAAAUUUAUUUGAUGCAGCAGCAGGCCGCCAGAGCCUUCCAUGGUUUCACCCAGUGGAUCGCCCGCACGUCGAGAUUCCUUCCAUCGAAAGUUUCGGAGGAUGGGCGACUGUAGUGCGGGUUAAACUUCAUACGGGUGGAAGUGACAAAAGCCAGGAACCUCCAGAUGUGUCUGACAUGCUGCGGCAGACACUUGCAACCAUCAAGCACAUUCGGUCUUCCGCUGCUAAAGGAGAUCCCUCAUCAACGCAGAAACAUGUCGCGUCUGAGAAACGAAGGCCGAUGAGGCAAGGAUUAACAUUUGAAGUAAAUGGAAGCCUCAACGGGAUUGCGGUGGUGGCAGUCCCCGACACAGGAUCCUGCUUCAACAUCAUAUCGGAGGAUAAGGCAAGAUCGUUGGGUCUGGAACCCAUAGCCGGCACGCAUCGCCAGAUGUCUUUGCCUAACGGAAGAACGGCAAUUUCGCCCGGCGAGGUGAAGUUGACCUUCACUUUCGAUGGAGAAAAGGAAACGCACGACCUCCUCUGCAGCGUCUUGCCCAGUGCAACUCGGGAUCUAGUCCUGGGCAGUGCGUUUCUCAAAGCCACCAAGACAAUGACACGCUACGCUCACAGGCUUAAGAGAAUUCUCUGCAGCCUGGCGCAGCCGUCAUUGAAUCUCGUCGGCGCCGAUCAGGACCUUUUGGGCGGCUACAUCAACGGCAGAGAGUGCUUGGCAGUGCCGGACACCGGGUCCGACAUUAUGGUCAUCUCACUCAAACGUGCCCGCCAAUUGGGCCUGAAGGUUCACAGCAAAGACCAACAUCGAACUCUCGUUGAAUUCCUUGAUGGAUCACGGGUGCGCACAAACGGUAUCGCUCAAGCAGAAUGGCAAUUCGCCUAUGGCGAAUCACCAAUCCGCUGUGAUUUCCACGUCAUCAAGGGUUUGCCUGUCGAUGCAAUCCUAAACAACACCAUGCUGGACGAGUAUGAUGUGUUUAGACAAUACGAGGAGCGCAUUGGGUCGUCAGAAAGCCUUGGGUCUACGUUGAGCCUCGGCAUCUAUGGCAUCUCGCUCGUAGAGGUAUGCGAGCAGAAGAUUCGCUCUCUAUCGGACAGCUACUUGGACGACAUUAAGUCAGACAACCCCUUCACCCCCGAGAAAGUCGAGCGCGAGCGCGCACGCCGAGACGAAAUCCGCGACACCAUCGCCCGAAUACCCGACGAAGCACUUCGCGCAACGAAGCAACACCAAGAGUACUUACGAAAAAGGCUAUGGGACGAACUCCGAAAGCCCCAUCUUCAGACAAAUACCAGUACUCGGAUAGCGCAAGGUAGGAACUCGAUAGCUAGUCACAGAAAUCAAGGCAGUCGGAAUGAUUACUGUAUUCCCAAGGCAAUACAGUCGAAUAAUAUAGGUGCAAGGCAGCUCGAAGAAGGCCUGACGGUGGACGACAGCAACAGCUCGCAGGCGACGCAACGAAGUCGGUCAGGCUUCAAAGCCCUGAAAAGAUUCUUCCGGUAG